AUGAAAAAAGCUGGCUUGCAGCCAGAUCAUAUGUCUAUAACUGGGAUUUUAGUGGCAUGUAGUCAUGGUGGACUUGUGGAAGAUGGUUGGAGAGUUUUCAAAAGCAUGAAGAAUGAGUAUGGCCUGGAGCCAAGGCUUGAGCAUUAUGGUUGUAUGGUUGACCUCCUUGGCCGGGCCGGUUUGCUUUCCGAAGCCUAUGAAUUUGUAGAGAAAAUGCCAAUAAGGCCAAAUUCUGUGAUUUGGAGGACCCUUCUCGAAGCAUGUGUAAAUCAUAACAAUCUUGUGUUGGCUAAGAAAGUGAAGAAGAGGUUGAACAAGCUAGAUCGUUAUCAUGAUGGUGAUUAUGUGCUUUUAUCUAAUGUUAGGAAUUCAAUGAGGGCAAGGAGAGUUAACAAGAAAGCUGGUGCUAGUUCAAUUAGUGUAGACCAAAUCAUUCAUGAGUUCAUUUCAGGGGAUAACUCUCAUCCCCAAUCACAGGAUAUUAGAGAUUUCUUAGACAGAAUAUUUGAAAGUAUAAAAGACACGGGAUAUACUCCCCUUACAUCGAAUGUAUUGCAUGACAUUGAAGAGGAGGAGAAGGAGCAUACUCUUGGUUAUCAUAGUGAGAAAUUGGCUGUGGCUUUUGCACUUCUGAGUGUCAAGGAUACUAGGACCAUUAGGGUCAUGAAGAAUAUUCGAAUCUGUUGUGACUGCCAUUCUUUCAUGAAGCAUGUUUCAGCCAAAUUUGGUAGAGAAAUUAUUGUUCGCGAUCGAAAUCGGUUCCAUCAUUUUAUCAAUGGAUCAUGUUCUUGUCAAGAUUAUUGGUGA